AUGGUUGUUUUCCAUUUGACUUCAGAUUAUUUGUUAGUUUUCCUAACUAGGUCCUUUGCUGUUUUUUCCUUCCUCGUAGAUACAGCCAUGUCUGACGAAGACUUACAAGAAGACGAAUUUAGUGUGGAGAAGAUUUUACGUGUUCGCAUUCGAAACGGGAAAAAAGAAUAUUUCUUGAAGUGGAAGGGCUAUCCCGACGAAGAAAAUACAUGGGAACCCGAGGAAAACCUUGAUUGCCCGGAUUUGAUUAAGGAAUUCGAGGACCGAAGGGCUGCUGAACGGAACUCAAAAUUAAAGAGUCCUCUUCCGUCAAGUAGUAAGAGAUCAACAGUAACACCAAAAACCGACUCUUCUGGUGAUGCUCCAAAAGAGACUGAGACUCGCAAGAGCCGUUCGCGUGCCUCUUCGUCUAGGACAUCUAUGUCUGAGGAUCCGAGUUCUAGCACACAAAAAGCUCCUGUGAACGAGGCACCAAAAGCCACAAAGAGGAGGCGAACAAUUUCGAGUGAUUCAGAAGAAAAGGAAGAUAAGCAACCCAGUGCUCAUGUCUCACCAGAGAAGAAGAUUGAAAAGACUUCUACACCUGAAAAGGUUUUUGAUUUAUACAUCUUUAUGCAUGUAGUACGUCUCCAAGAUCCAAUAAAAUGUAAUUACUACUGUUCCAUGUUGCUAAAAUGGCUGCAUUUCCUUCUGCAGCCUCCUCAGAAGACCACGGAAACGCCCGCAGCAGCAUCUAAAGUAAGAGGCUUUGAUCGGGGGCUCAAAGCAGAACGCAUAAUCGGAGCGACUGAAUCAAGCGGUGAACUCAUGUUUUUAAUAAAAUGGCGUGACAGUGACAUUGCAGAUCUUGUACCCGCUAGAGAGGCAAACGUCAAGUGUCCGCAAGUCGUGAUCCGCUUCUACGAAGAGCGCCUUACUUGGCAUACCCCAGAUGCCCAGAACUCUACGCAGCCCACCGGUGACGCCACCAAAGCUUAA